UUGGAGAAGAGGCAGUCAUUGUAUUACGAUGAUCCUUAUACGGGACGCUCGUUUCGUUUCCAGCUUCAUCGAAAAAAUUCCCGCAAAGCUGAUAUUUAUGCCUGCUCAAAGUGCAAGUCGAGACGGAAAUACGUGCCUAUAAUGGUCCGUAAUGACAAAUUUCUCUGCGAUCCGGCUUCACUGGACCACAUUUGUCACAUGAAUCCAACUGAACUUCAAGCCGAACGUAUUCGAAUGGAGGAGAUGAAACGACGAAAACGAAAUAGGCUUUUACCGUAUAGCACUGGUGAGUACACUUCGUUUACCGUACGC